AUGACAUUAAUGGGAAUAAAUCUACUUCUUACAGUUGCCGCCAUUGCCGGUCUCUCUGUUGGUCUUAUUCAGCGUAAUGAAGUGGAAUCCAGUUUACAUAAACUCUGCCCUUCCUGUAGUACUGUAUUUAUUUUCUACAUUGCUGGACUCAGUGGACUUCUCGGUUUCUCACUCCUUGGCUUUCUCGCUCUCUGUUCCCGCAAUCGUUGCCUGCGUGUUUUGUACUUUCUCUACUUGCUGGUAGUCUUUCUUGUGGCCCUCACGGUGUCUGUGGUGUACACACUCGCGGGAACGGACCGCUUGGAUUGGGAGAGUGGCUGGAAUGAUGCGGCCACACACAACAGUGAAGAUUUGUGUGCGUUUGAGUUGGAGUUUGAGUGCUCUGGGUGGAAGACACUCUGCAAUGUGGUGGUGGGGGAGAGCUGGGGGGUGCAGAAGUACUUUGAUGCGAUUGGGAAAUUAUUAUUGGCAGAACCACAACCAGCGGAAAUGACGGUGCGGAUGAAUUCAGGCGGGGCAAAGACAGCCACCAUCCUUCCAUCGUUUUUUGUGGAAGUGAAUGAUAAUACCAUGAUGGCAACCUGUCCUCUUUGCCCGGCAAGUGAACAGAAGAAAAUUAAUAAGUUUACAUCCACUUGUAAAGAAGUCGUGACGGGAGCUAUUAAGAAGUAUAUGAAGAUAGUUCUUCCUGUUGGUUUUUCUGUUGCCGCGAUUGCAUUCGUGGGGAUGAUUGUCACUUGGAUGCUGCACCACAGAGCAAAGCGUCAAACUCGUUAUAAUGGGCGCUACUACCGUGUAUAG